AUGGGGUGUCUACAGCAAGCUGUCAAGGCAAAAGGUAAGAAGAAGACGGGUGAACCUGAGGGUAACGGUUCUACUUCUGCUUCUGAGUCAAGCCAACAAGACCCACCUAUUCAGCCAGAACUACAGGUGCAACCAAUUUUGUCACUCCACAAUGCUCCCAGUGCUGCACAACCUCAACAAGAUCCCCCUCCAAGGGAGAGUCUCAUACCUGACAUUAACCAAGAAGUUCCACUCAAGUUAGUGCAUGAUGAAAUUCUGGGUCUGGCCCAAGCCUUGAGUCCUAGAGCUAGCCAAAUCAUAGAGGAGGUGGAGAGAGAAGUGUUGGUAGCAAAAAGUCCAAUGGUUAGUAGGGGUACUGUUAUCUGUGAGAGGGAGCAACAUAAUACUCCAGCUUCAGGUAGCAAUAAAAAGAAAGCAGCAGGGAAAUCCUCUGGGAGCCAGAGGAAAAAGCACAGAUUCUGUCCUGCUGGUCUUUCUGACCGCUCUCCUGUUGUGUUGUCGGUUGCUCCUAAAGGGACUAGUUUCAGGAAACCGUUCAAAUAUUUUAAUUUUUGGGUUGACCAUAAGGAUUUCAUUCCUGUUGUUAGUAGCAUUUGGUGUAAAUAUGUGAAGGGCUCUCCCAUGCUUAGAACUUGCUGCAAGCUGAGAUCUUUGAAACCCCUUUUGAAAGAUUUGAAUAAAAAAGAUUUCUGUGAUUUAACCUCCCGGGUCCAAUGUCUUAAGUUUGAGUUAGAAUCUGCCCAAAUUAAGCUUGAGAAGGACCCUUUGAAUCUGGCUGUUCAAGCUUAUGAGAGGGAUUUAAACAACCAAAACAACCAGAAUAGGAGCAGAAUCAGUGGGAUUACCUUAGAGAAUGGGGUCCUGCUCACUAGCCCUUCUGAUGUCCAAAAUGCAUUUGUUACAUAUUUUUCAAAUUUGUUUGGCACUCCUCAUGAAGAUACUUAUGUUGGGUUUGAUAGGGUUAACUCUCUUAUUAAUAAGAGAUUAACUAUUGAUCAGAUGUUCACCAUGGCCCAAGAUGUGACUGCUGAUGAGAUAAUAAGUGUUUUUAAGUCUCUCAACCCCAAUAAAGCCCCGGGCCCUGAUGGGUACUCUGCGGGGUUCUUCCAUAGUGCUUGGGAGGUUGGUGAUUAUAGACCCAUCUCUUGUUGUAAUACCAUCUACAAGUGCAUUGCCAAAAUCAUUGCCAAUAGGAUUAAGCUUGUUCUCCCUUAUCUCAUUGAUCCUGUUCAGUCCGCUUUUGUCCAUGGGAGGAGAAUUGCUAACAAUAUCUUUUUAUCUCAGGAGUUAAUGAGGGGGUACCAUAAAAAUUCCCCCUCCCCUAAGUGUGCUAUGAAAGUGGACCUUAUGAAAGCUUACGAUAAUGUUCGUUGGGAUUUCCUCUUUGAUGUGCUUAAGGCUAUGUCUUUUCCCACUAGGAUGAUUCAUUGGAUUAAAGCUUGUGUCGCGUCUGCUAGUUUCUCGGUUUGUAUUAAUGGGAGUGUCCAUGGGCACUCCCCUUCUUUCCAACUCAUUAAGAGUGGCCUUUUAGAGUUCCAGGCUCUCUCUGGCUUAGCUCUUAACCCUCAGAAGAGUCAAGUUUUCUUUUCUGGUUGUGAUUCCUCUCUUAUUGAUAAUAUUUUGAGGAUUACACAAUUUCAAGAGGGAAAGUUACCUGUGAGAUACUUAGGUGUCCCCCUUAUUCCCACCCGUCUGAAAGCCAUUGAUUGUAAGGGUCUUGUGGACAGGAUUACAAAUAGUCUACUGGUCCUCCCUGUUCAUCCUCCCAAAAAAGCUAUUAAGGAGGUGGAAGCUUUGUGUUGGUCUUUCCUUUGGUCUGGCUUGAAGCUUAAAAAGUUUGGGGCCAAGGUUGCCUGGGAUAGAAUUUGUGUUCCCAAAAAUGAAGGGGGUUUAGGUUUUAAGUCUUUGGAGAUUUGGAAUAGAGCUGCUGUGUCCAAGCACAUUUGGUUCAUGGUGGCAGGUGGGGAACAAUCUAUGUGGUGUCAAUGGGUGAAGUCUUAUUUGUUAAAAGGUAAAAGUUUUUGGGCGGUCAAUGUGCCUGGUAAUCCAUCUUGGGUGUGGAGGAAGCUUUUAUCCUUGAGGGAAGUUAUGUAUCCUUUAAUUAGGUACAAAAUUGGCAAUGGGGAAGAUACAUUUCUUUGGUAUGAUAACUGGCACCCUUUUGGUUCUUUGUGGUCUAAGUAUGGCAAUAGAUUAAUGCAUAAUACUGCUUUAAAUGCUCAAUCUAAGGUUGCCUUUGCGCUGGGGGAUAAUGGGUGGACCUGGCCUAAUGCCUCUUCUUGGGAGGUUAGGGAGAUUACUACCCAUAUACCUCCUGAUAUUGUGCUCACUUCUGGUUGUCUUGAUAAACCUAUUUGGCUCCUCCACAAUGAUGGUAAUUUUAGUAUUGGCUCUAUCUGGAAUUCUUGGAGAAUGAAAUGGCCUAAAGUUACUUGGGCCAAUCUAGUGUGGAGCCCCUACUCUAUACCUAGGGUGGGGUUCAUUGUCUGA